UCAUUUAUCCAAACUUCCUCGUGGCCACAGUCCACUCUGAAACCAGAGAGUGAACAUGGUUAAGUGGACGCUCCACAGCUUUUUAUUUCUUUGUCUUUUGUGGAUCUCUAAUGGAUCUCAGCAGGACCGCAGAAGCAACCGGAGGCAAUCCUGGCGUGACAGAUUUUCAUCAGCUCAGACAUACUGGGACCGGCAUGAGCCAGCAUCCGGAAAACAAAAUCUUCAAACUCAACCAAGAUUCACCGUCGUAGCUCCAGACCUGCUGAGGACUGACAGCCAGGAGAACAUCUACCUCGAAGCUGAAGGUCUGAGCAACCCCAUCACAGUCUCCAUUGAAAUCAAAGACUUCAACAAGGUCACCAUGCUCCUCAUUGACAAUGCAAUCCUCAAUCAAGAGAAUGGCUUCCACACCCUCAAGUCUAUACAGCUUUCCUCAAGUCUCUUGAAUCGUGAAGAGAAGAAGAACAAAUUUGUGUAUCUGACAGUGAGAUUUCAGGAUCAUCACACAGAGGAGCGAGUUCUGAUGGUGUCCUUUCACUCUGGUUACAUCUUCAUCCAGACUGACAAGCCCAUCUACAACCCCGGAGAUAUCGUUCGAUUCCGAACCUUUGUGUCCUCCCCAUUCUUCAAGGCCUUUGACAAUUCCAUCACCAUAGACAUCGUGAAUUCAGACGGAGUGGUGGUCAAACAGAUCACUAGGACCAGAGCCAUGAACGGGGUCAUUGCAGACACCUUCGCACUGUCCGAAUUCGCCAAUGAAGGAACGUGGCAGGUAACGGCAAAGUUCGACCACUGGCAGCAGAACACUUUCACCUCCCCGUUUCAGGUGAAGAAAUACGUUCUUCCUGCUUUCAACGUGACUGUGACACCCGCCAAGUCUUUCAUCAGCUUGGAUGACAGUGAGCUUGUGGUAGAAAUCACAGCAAGGUAUCUGUUUGGGGAGUCUGUGGAGGGGACGGCCUACGUAGUGUUCGGAGUAAAGGUGAAUCAGGAGAUGAAAAGGUUGCCGUCAGUGAAGCAGCUGUCAGAUCUGGAUGGUGGAAGAGUCAGCCUCAGUAUGGAGGAGCUCAAGGCAGCAUACCCCGACCCUCAAACGUUGGUGGGACACUCUGUGUAUGUCAAAGCCUCAGUGCUCACUAAAACUGGAAGUGAUCUGGUUGAGGCGGAAAAGACGGGAAUUAAAAUCGUCAAGUCCCCUUAUGUCAUAUCUGUCACUGAUUCUCCAAAGUACUUUAAACCCGGCCUGCCGUUAGACCUCACAAUUCAGGUGAGCAACCAUGAUGGCUCCCCAGCCCGCAACGUCCAGAUGAAAGUGAAUCUGUUGGAUGUUCCUCUGAUAGCCUCUGAUGGAACAACUACUGCCCCAAUCAACAUGCCCAAUGUUCAGGAGCCGCAAACCAUCACUGUUGAGACCACCCAGGCAGACCUGAGACCAGACCAGCAGGCUAGAAACCAGGUCACCCUUCAGCCCUACGUCCCCUUCAACCAGCACCAGCAGAACUACCUGUACAUCUCCACCAGGUCCAAAGCCGUGUCUGUAGGAGCCCGGGUGUCCCUCGAUAUCUCUUUCACCAUGUCAGUAGUGGAGAACAGAAAAUUGGUCAAACACAUCACUUACCUGGUGCUCAGUAAAGGUAAAAUCAUAAUAGCCAAACGUCUAGAAGUGACUGACCAAUCUUUCACCAAUGUUGGGUUGGUGGUAACACCGGACAUGAUGCCCUCGUUUCGCGUGGUGGCGUUCUUCAGCCUCCCCUGGGUGGGGAGGGAGGAGGUGGUGUCAGACUCUGUGUGGAUAGACGUGGUGGAUUCCUGUGUUGGGGGGCUCACAGUGGGCUCAGGAGACAGCACACCCAGAACUUUAGCCCCAGGAGACAGUGUGCGUUUUCGGAUCAGAGGUGACCCGGGGUCAAAGGUCAACCUGGUGGCUGUGGAUAACUCCGUGUAUCUCCUCAACAAGGACAGACUCACUCAGAAGAAGAUUUGGGACGUGGUGGAGCAUGGAGACAUAGGCUGCACAAGAGGAGGAGGACGAGACGCCUCUGGAGUGUUUGUUGAUGCUGGCCUUCUCUACUCCUCCAGUGCAGGGUUCAAAACACAAACCAGACAAGUAAUCCACUGUCCAGGCGGGGCUCGAAGGAGGCGCUCCGCUGAGAAGUUAAAACGGAAACAACAGCUGGAGAGUCACUACAAAGAGAAGCUUGAGCGUCGCUGCUGCAAAGACGGCCUGCGGGAGAUCCCCAUGCCGUAUUCCUGCACCCGCCGUUCCCUCUACAUCACCGAAGGCUGGGAGUGCAUGCGAGCGUUCCGCUACUGCUGCUCCACCUACAGGGGCCAGGAGUUCAACACAGAAAUUCCCACCACCCCUCCACCUAUGACCACUGCCCCGCCCACCACCGCGCACCCACCAACGACCAGCCGUUUACUUUUAGUCGCAAAAGAUUUUAUUCCACAAAAAAUCCCUCUGAGACGGGAAAUGUUUGAUUGGUCAGGUGGAAAAACUUCAGGACGUGUCAGUGUUUCACAAAGAACGAUUCCAAAAGUGCACAUGAGCUAUUCAAACAUGGACAGGAGGUUAGAAGAAGCGCCAGCAAUGCCAAUGUUGAUAGGAGAAGAAGAGGAGGAGGAUGAUGAAGAGUGGGAAGAAGUGGACGAGAGACAAAUCUAUCUGCGUCACAAGUUCUUUGAGUCAUGGCUUUGGAUGGACGUUGACCUGCCCAGCAAGGCAGAGAGAGAUGGAUUGGCGUCCUUUAACCUGGACCGUGCGUUGCCUGACAGCAUCACAGAGUGGGGCGUUCUCGCUAUCAGUGCUUCUCCUGAUACAGGUUUCUGCGUGGCUCAGCCGUACAACAUCAAAUCCCGGAAAGACUUCUUUGUCGACUUGAGGUUACCGCACUCCGUGGCGAGGAACGAACAGCUUGAGAUCAAAGCUGUGGUGCAUAACUACGCCAACCGUCCACUUCAGGCCAGGGUGGUGCUGAUGAAGACAGAGAAGAUGUGCAGCGUUGCUUUCAAGGACAAGCACACUCAGGAGGUGACGGUCCCUGCCAUUUCCUCUGUGGCGGUGCAUUACACCAUCGUGCCUCUGGAGGUGGGGAAUCUUCCUCUGGAGGUCGCCACUUUCGCCAAAGGCUCGAUGGGGAGUGAUCGCACCCAGAAGUCUCUGCGUGUGGUGCUGGAAGGAGUGGAGAAGACAAAGGUUCAGACUGUGGUGUUAAAUCCGUCAGCUCAUGGAGGAAGCCAGACUGUUCACGUUGGCAAAAUAGAAAUGGAUGAAGUCGUGCCAAACUCUGUGCCAGAGACUUUCAUCAAUGUGAGAGGGAACGUGCUGGCAGACAGCAUCGAUAACUCCAUCAGCAAGGACUCUCUGGCUGCUUUAAUCCAGAUGCCUGGCGGCUGCGUGGAGCAGAACCUGGCUUCCAUCACAUUGCCAGUCAUCGCAACACUGUACUUGGACCGGACUGGCAGCUGGGAGAGCGUGGGGGUGCAACGCAAAGCCGAGGCCCUGGGUUACAUCAAGAGAGGUUAUGAGAACCAGCUGGCAUUCAGAAGGACUGACGGUUCUUAUCCACCCUACAGCCGCCAAGGACCCAGCACAUGGAUCACUGCAUACGUGGUGAAAGUGUUCUCCAUGGCUUACUCCGUCGUCAGCAUCAGUGAGAAACAGAUCUGCGAACCGCUCAUCUACCUGGUGAACAACAAACUCCGAAAACGAGUUGGAGUUUAUGAAGAGGAGAACCCAGUUUACUCUACCACCAUGACUGGCGGUCUGCGUGGCGGUGACCCAGAAAUAACGCUCACCGCCUUUGUGCACAUCGCUCUUUCUGAGGCCAAGCGGGCAGGGAUCGCAUGCACCAGUUCAGGCGUGACUCUGGAGAAUGCAAACGAAUGGACGACACGGUACCUGAAAAAAGCUCUGCUGACCAAAGGGAGAAGGCCUUACACAGUGGCUAUUGCAUCGUAUGCGCUGGCUCUGCAGAAGGAACAGGCCCCCCCCAACCUCCAUGAGGUUUUACUUCAAGCUGCUUCACCAGAUUCCAGCCACUGGCCCGACACAGAAAACUUCCUGUUCCAGCUGGAAGCGACUGGCUAUGCUCUUCUCGCUCUAGUCAAGUUGGGGCGCAUGGAUGAAGCAGCAGCUCCCUUCAAUUGGCUGAACAACCAAAGAAGGAGAGGCGGCGGCUUUGGCUCUACACAGUCCACCAUGGUGGUACUUCAGGCGCUGUCAGAGUACAUGAUCAACAAACCACGUGAGGACACCAAUCUGGACGUAGACAUCAAGAUACCGGGACGCAAAGACGUGCGCUACCGCUUCAAUCCUGACACCGCCUACGCUGCUCGCUCUUCCAAGCUGCCUACAGGUCAUGAGUUUGACGUGGUGGUUAAAGGAAGUGGAGAGGGAAUACUGGAGGUUGUGACAUAUUACAAUCAGCUUCUGGAGGUGGAUGAGAAAACCCCCUGCAAUGACUUUGAGCUCAGUGUGAACAUAGAAGAUUCUGCAGAAAAACGUCCUGCAGAUGUAGUAAAAACAUACCAGAUCACCAUCAAAGUCAGAGCGUUAGGACCCAGAGAUGUAAGGAUGGUGGUUCUUGAUAUCAGUCUGCCCACUGGAUUCACCCCAGAAAACUCCGAUCUGGAGAUGUUGUCCAACUCAGUGGAUCGUUACAUCAGCAACUUCCAGGUUGUAGAUAAUUUGAGUGAAAGAGGCUCCCUGAUCGUCCACCUGUUCAAGGUUUCACACAAAGAGCCAGAGAUUCUGAUCUUCCGCCUUCAGCAGAACUUUAAAGUGGGUCUCCUCCAACCAUCAUCGGUGACGGUCUAUGAGUAUUAUAACCCAGAUCACCGCUGCAGCCGGACUUACACCCCCAAAGAGGACAAGGAGGAGCUCUCUCAGAUCUGCAAGGACAACGUCUGCCGCUGUGCACAGGGUGACUGCUGUGUGUCAAAAGCUGACAACAACACUUUCCUUAACAAGGAGAGAGAGAUAUUUGCCUGCAACGGCUUACACCACGUUUUCCAGGUGAAGGUGCUGAGCGUCAGUCAAGGUUACUAUGACAAAUAUGAGAUGCAGAUAACUCGGGUCGUUAAACUGGGUGUGGAAGAUGGAGUCGAGGUUGGGGAAAAGAGGCUUUUCGUGUCCCAUGGAGGCUGCAGAGAAGACCUCCAGCUGAAGGAGGGCUCCCAAUACCUCCUCAUGGGUCCCAAAGAAGACCAGUGGAAGGCUGAUCCAGACACCAACAGAUUCAUCUACACAUUGGGGAAGGACACUUGGGUGGAGCGCUGGCCUUCACCUGAGGAAUGUUCCAGCAUGGAGGACAAAUGCACAAGUCUCAGUGCUGCUAUGACCGAGCUCUCGGAGUCCGGCUGUAGCUUGUAACUGCAUCCGCAUCUGCAGAUGUUUUUCUGCACCAGCCAACAUGAUGGUCAACUAUGUGGUUUGCAUUGAAAAGCAACAAUUGUGUGUUUUUUUGUUUUCUUUUUGAUAAUCCAGCUUCUAUACGAUAUUGAGACCAGUUUGUGUGCAGGAAAAUAGGCUCCUAUGUGUAUGAGCACUUAUAUGACUUUAUUUUUCAAACCAUGUUAAUCUUCUCUCUUCUAUUUGCCUUUCAAAGUUCAAUUUCAUUUAUUUUUUAGAAGAAAUCUUGACAGUUAGAAAUAACUUGAUAAACGUUAAACAGUUUUUAAAUCCAAAUGUCAGUUCUUGUGUUUUGUUAAUUAUGUGGUAAUUUUCCUAUUCUACAUCUUGUAAUCUAAAAACUACUUAGUUGUUCGUUAUAUUAAAGCGAUUGGUUUUAUUUUACAGAUCUAAUUUAAAGACCCACUCCAAUUAUCUUGUAAUCUAACGUGCCCAUUUUGACCCAAAUCAGACAAGCCUGUGUUGGACCCUGUUCCAGGAUCAAGAAUCUCUUGAAAACACAAACAAAUUAAACUAAAUGUAUUUCUUUAUGCUAAAUAAAACAAACAUUUAGCUGGUAAAUAAAUGCCUUCCUCCGUCAUGGUGAAUUAUAAAAGCUAUUAGAGACCACAGAUGUCUGGUGAAUGGUUCUUAAAUGUAUUCUUGUCAAUGCAAUAUGACUGCUUGUCACUAAAAAUAAAUAUUUCCAGGAUGGGCUGUGCCAAAA